AUGGCAUCAUAUCUACCAUUACAAGAGCUUCACUUUCUCUCCUCAACGUCAACAACUUCGAAGCACCGGUUUUAUCUCUCUACACGUUCUUCUCUAUCCAGAGUUUCUUUGAAUAGCCAUUUGAGUAACGGUGUCGUUUUGCGUUCUCGAAUUCGAGCACUUAAAGAGGAAGGAGUUUCCUAUGAGGAUCGGGAGCAAGAAUUUAUCAAGGAAGUCAACGGUAGGUUUGAAUUGAAUGGCAAUGGAAGUGCUACGAAGUACGAGUAUAAGAAUGAAUCGGUUGACGGAUAUAUCAACGGUGGAUUUGGAGUGGUGGAGACUGAGAGCAAUGGGAGUUUGGUCAAGUAUGUGAAUGGGAACGGGAAUGGUGCCGCAGCUGAAGUGAAAGUGGUGGAGGUGGAAGGAGGAGGAGGAAAUGCAGCUUCUGAGGAGGCGAGGAAAAAGAGAGUAGAAGAGAUUGGGAAAGAGGACGCUUGGUUCAAGCGGAGCACUAAAGACCAGGUUGAGGUUUCUGUUGCUCCUGGGGGGCGUUGGAGUAGAUUCAAAACCUACUCGACAAUACAGAGGACCUUGGAGAUAUGGGGAUUUGUUAUAACUUUUGUAUUUAAGGCAUGGUUGAACAAUCAGAAAUUCUCCUAUCGAGGAGGAAUGACUGGGGAAAAGAAAGUGAUAAGGCGGAAGGCCCUGGCAAAAUGGUUAAAAGAAAGUAUCUUGAGACUGGGUCCUACUUUCAUCAAAAUUGGCCAGCAGUUCUCCACAAGAGUGGACAUUCUUGCUCAAGAAUAUGUUGAUCAGUUGUCAGAGCUACAGGAUCAAGUUCCACCUUUUCCAUCAGAGACUGCAGUAUCUAUUAUUGAAGAAGAGCUUGGAGCCCCUGUAGGUGAUAUCUUUGAUCGGUUUGACUAUGAACCCAUUGCUGCUGCUAGUCUUGGUCAAGUCCAUCGGGCAAAAUUAAAGGGCCAAGAGGUUGUUAUCAAAGUACAAAGACCUGGUCUAAAGAGUCUCUUUGAUGUUGAUCUUAAAAACCUGAGGGUAAUAGCUGAAUAUCUUCAAAAGAUUGACCCAAAGUCAGAUGGGGCUAAGCGAGACUGGGUUGCAAUUUAUGAUGAAUGUGCAAGUGUGUUGUAUCAGGAAAUUGAUUACACAAAGGAAGCUGCCAAUGCAGAAUUAUUUGCCAGUAAUUUCAAAGACAUGGAUUAUGUGAAAGUUCCAUCAAUAUACUGGGAAUACACCACACUGCAGGUCCUGACAAUGGAAUAUGUUCCCGGGAUCAAAAUAAACAAGAUUCAGGCUUUAGAUCAGUUGGGAGUUGAUAGGAAAAGGUUGGGCAGAUAUGCUGUUGAAUCUUACUUGGAACAAGUUCUGUCUCAUGGUUUUUUCCAUGCUGACCCACAUCCAGGAAAUAUUGCUGUUGAUGAUGUUAACGGUGGACGGUUGAUCAUCUAUGACUUUGGCAUGAUGGGAAGUAUCAGUUCAAACAUCAGAGAAGGUUUGUUGGAAGCAUUCUAUGGAGUUUAUGAGAAGGAUCCUGAUAAGGUCCUUCAAGCAAUGGUUCAGAUGGGUGUUCUUGUGCCUACUGGAGAUAUGACAGCUGUCAGACGGACGGCACAAUUCUUCCUUAACAGUUUUGGAGAGCGUCUUGCUGCUCAAAGAAGGGAGAAAGAAAUGGCUAGAACAGAACUUGGAUUUAAGAAACCAUUGACGAAGGAGGAAAAGAUGGAGAAAAAAAAGGAACGUCUGGCUGCAAUUGGGGAAGAUUUAUUAGCCAUUGCAGCAGAUCAACCCUUCCGAUUCCCUGCCACAUUCACAUUUGUUGUCAGAUCAUUUUCAGUAUUAGAUGGCAUUGGGAAGGGCCUUGAUCCUCAGUUUGACAUAACUGAGAUUGCAAAACCCUAUGCACUGGAGUUGUUAAGAUUUCGUGAAGCUGGAGUUGAAGUUGUCUUGAAGGACUUCAGAAAGAGAUGGGACAGACAGUCUCGUGCGGUCUACAACUUAUUUAGACAGGCAGAUAGAGUUGAGAAGCUUGCUGAAACCAUCCAAAGAUUGGAACAAGGUGAUCUGAAGCUUAGAGUACGAACUUUGGAGGCUGAAAGGGCUUUCCAACGUGUUGCUGCUGUUCAGAAGACAGUAGGAAGUGCAGUAGCUGCUGGAAGCCUGAUCAACCUAGCAACAAUUUUGUAUCUCAAUUCCAUUAGAGUGCCAGCAGUUGCUGCAUAUACCAUUUGUGCAUUUUUCAGCUUUCAAGUUCUAAUCGGUAUAAUUAAGGUGAAAAAACUUGACCAGCGAGAAAAGUUGAUAACUGGCACUGCUUGAGUAACAGAUUUUAAGAUUAAACUCAAACCAAGCUUUGUCGAUAAAUCAAAUUCCGGCCACAGAAACAAAGUGAGAGGCAAAAAUAUGCUACAUUUUUGCUUUCUUUUUUAGUUUAACAGAAAUGAAAGCCUUCAAUCGUGGUGAAUUUAGACAGAGAUUUAACAGCUAUGAACUUAUGGGAUGGCCUUAGUCAAAAGCUCACAAAAAUCUUGAUGAUGUUGUAGCUAAAAUCCUAGUUAUGGUCAAGUUUCCCAGUUCUUGAGUUUGUAAUUUUUUACUGUAAUCUUCGGCUGGCCUGAUUUUCAUGUAGUAGUAAGUCUUUUAGGCAUAGCAUAAUGCAGCUCCCUGCCAUAAUUUAAACAGGGGGCUUGCCUAUAACUUAUAAGCUGUGUAUAAUAUUUAACAUACGUGAAAACAUUGUGUAAUUUGUAAGUUACAUACCACGUGUACGAUUAC